UGCCUCAUCGUCCUGACCUGCACACAUCAGUGAAGAGAGAGAGAGAGAGAGAGAGAGCAUUGACCAUCCAUUACACUUUUAGUGCAAGAGGAAAGAAAAAGGCACCAAGAUAGGGGAUCAAGGGGUCAUGGCUGGGUUUCUGGUAUGGUUUUGGAACGAGAGGUUUUGGCUGCCUCAUAACGUGACCUGGGCCGACCUGAAAAACACUGAGGAGUCCACGUUCCCUCAGGCGGAGGAUCUGUAUGUGGCGUGUCCACUGGCCUUCUUCAUCUUCAUCAUCAGACUCGUGUUUGAGAGGUUUAUUGCUAGACCAUGCGCUCUGGGACUGAAAAUCCAGGCAAACGGGCCUCGGAAGGCUCAAGCAAAUGCCAUUUUGGAGAAGGUCUUCACUGCUAUCACAAUGCAUCCUGAUGAGAAGAGGUUAGAGGGCUUGUCAAAGCAACUGGACUGGGACGUAAGGACAAUCCAGCGAUGGUUUCGACAGAGACGCAAUCAAGAGAAACCGAGUACUCUGACCCGCUUCUGCGAGAGCAUGUGGAGGUUCACCUUUUACCUGUACAUAUUUACCUACGGGGUGCGGUAUCUUAAAAAGACUCCGUGGCUGUGGAACACGAGAGAAUGCUGGUACAACUACCCGUAUCAGACUCUAACAGUUGACCUGCAUUAUUACUACAUCUUGGAGCUGUCGUUCUACCUAUCUCUUCUCUUCUCUCAGUUCACAGACAUCAGGAGGAAGGACUGUCUGCUCAUGUUCAUGCACCAUGUUGCCACUGUCUCGCUAAUCAUGUUAUCCUACGUGAAUAACAUGGCUCGAGUGGGUACACUCGUCCUGUGCCUCCAUGACGCUUCAGAUGUGCUGUUGGAGGCUGCCAAAAUGGCGAACUAUGCCAAGUAUCAGAGGCUUUGCAAUGUGCUCUUCAUCAUGUUUGCACUGGUCUUCAUCAGCUCCAGACUGGGCUUAUAUCCUGUCUGGAUUUUGAACUCCACUUUGUUUGAGAGCUGGGAGAUCGUGGGGCCGUACCCAUCUUGGUGGGUGUUUAAUGGGCUGCUGGUGCUGCUUCAGGGAUUACACAUUUUCUGGUCCUAUCUCAUAGUGAAAAUAGCUUGCAAAGCCAUCUCCAAAGGCAAGGUGGGAAAGUGGAAUCCUUUACAUGUGUCAAAGGAUGACCGCAGUGACAUCGAGUCUAGUUCUGACGAAGAGGAAAUGGCGCCAUCUGCUCACAAACACCACACUAACGGGACCAACGGGUCUCAUGGCACUAACGGUUUCCUGUCAUCUGUGUGUCAUGAUGAACACUAAGCGUUAAGCUUGAGUCGUUUCUGCCCGCCGCAGCCUGCUUGUUAGUCUGUACAGUACUCAUGUGUGUCAAAACAACAACGUCACCCAUCUGGUACUGGAAGAUCUUUAAUGCAGAAUAAUGUGAAUGCAGUUGCAUUUCAGUAUGAUUCAGUACAAUGAUUUUUGUUCCUAUUCCUUUUUUUUUUUUUUUUCUUUUUUUUUUUAUUAUAAUUAAAUCAUUUAUACUGUAGGCACCUGGGUGAAUAUCAAAUCACAGCUCCUUCCUCUCUCUAUAGCUCACUCUUCUUUCGAAUAAAUGAAAAGCGUCUGUCGUUUCAUGCUAGCAUGCUGCUGUGGUCAUGUAGUUUGGUGUCAGUGGGAGCGGCUGUUUUCUUAAGGUAAUCUUUAUGUAUUAAUUUAUUUUUUUAUAUCUAUAUAUAGGUUGCAAAAUUGUGGUCGAGUCUUUAUUUUCUACUUCUUCUAGUAAUUUACUGUCAGUGUUUUGAGAUGGCGCACUAUUUAAAGUUCAUUCAGCGUUUCAGGAUUCAGCAAGGCAACAGCUUUUACGUACACAGUGUUUCGCUUUCAGUCCUUUUCCUGGAACCUCAGUUGAGACAACUGCGUUCUGAUUUGCUCACCUGUAAAACGGAUGAAAUGCGUUACACAAACGAGGACACCUCUUGCUAUAUUUGCACUAGUGAACUGUAAAAUUGGAAUUCUCUAACUGUAUUAUGUGCUCAUGUGUUUUGUUGGGAAUUCUUCCAUAUUGUCCUUCACCUGAAAUCAAGUAUGGACCUGUACCUAAAACACAUUUUUGCAUUGUGUUAAAGAAUUGUAAAACCAUUUCAAAUGCGUUUAUUUAAUUGACUUUUAUUGCCCUCUGUCCUUGAUUUAUAAUAUGAUCCUCCUGCUGGGUUUACAUGAACCAUGUAAUGUGUUAUACUGUAGGUAUUGGCGCACAGUUGCAUGACAGUUUCCACAGUAUUAAUAUCAAGUUUUAUAAAUCAAAAAAUAUUUAUUAUUAGCUAAAUUGUGGAAAUGUCCCCUUUAUAUGACCCUAUUUUAAAACAAAAAGAUUCAUUCCAGUUAUGUUGUGUAGGAAAUGUGCGCACACUUUUAUGCACCUCGCCAAAAACCUGAACACCAUACAGUGAUAUUAUGUUUCUGCUUCUUUAGCUUUGAAUGAUAUUUUCUCAUUGUCCCAUUGUCCUGUUCUUGGUAUAAUGUAACACUUAUUUUUACUGAGCUAAGUGGAUGACUCAUUAAAAUGCCUUUGAAAUCA